CGCCUGGCCACAGCCCAGUCUCUAUCCAUAUCGCCAGAUGCAAAGGCCCCCGGCGCCGCCUCCGACUACAUCAGCCCCUCGUUUGCCGGCUUUGGCAUCGAGCCCUCGAACCUCUUCUCCUUCACCGGCGCCGACCAGACCAACCAGUUCUCCGUAAAGCUCCUGCAGAACCUCGCAGACUACUCGGGCGCCCCGCCCCACAUUCGCCUGGGCGGAAACACGCAGGACUACAUGCUUUUUGAGCAGACCAACCGACAGUUCGCAUGGACCGCCAACAAGGACUCGACCGCCCAGGGCGUCCAGGCCGCCGACUCCAUGAUCAUUGGCCCCAACUACUUUACCGCCCUCGACAGGUUUCCCAAGGACACGCCCGUCACGGUCGGCCUGAACAUGGCCUACAUGGAGAGCGACUGGCAGACGCGCAUCACGACCAUGGCUCAGGCUGCCGUUAACGGCAUGAAAAACGUCAAGCUGUAUUCGUUCGAGGUGGGCAACGAGCCCGAUUUGUGGCUGCAGAACUCGUUCCGCUCCGGCACCUGGUCCGGAAAGACGUACACGGACCAAUGGCUCGACCGCUGCGAGGCCAUCUACAACAAUGUCCUCCGAAAUGCCAGCCUCCCCUCGUCCUUUUUCGAGGCUCCUUGCACCGCUUCGACAAUCGGAACCACGUUUGAAAUUGCCCAGUUGGUCGACGAUGGCAUCAUGACGGGCAGGAAUGGCGACAACUUCCUGUCGACAUGGAACCAGCACGAUUACUACUAUUUCAUUGGAGUCACACCCACGCCUAUUACUCUGGAUGAACUCAUGGAUCUCGACACGACAAACACACAGUUCAAGUACUGGGAGAAGCAGGUCGGCAUCGCCCUCAAGACCGGCCUGCCCUAUGUCCUGCGCGAAAUGAGCUCCAUUGGUCCUAUUGGCAUGCCAGGCGUCAGCGACGCCUUUGGCUCCGCCCUCUGGACCAUGAACUUUUUCCUCUACGCCGCCUCGAUUGGCAUCUCGUCUGUCGAAAUGCACAUGACAGACAACUCCAACGCCAGCGCCUGGCAGCCCAUUCCCAUGUAUGGCCACGACACGACGUUUGUCCGCCCUCAGUACUACGCCCACGCCGCUGUUGCCCAAAUCAUUGGCAACGGCAAUGGAACCACGCAGAUUUACGCAGAAAACACGGGUAACGUUGGCAACGGCUACCACGGUCGCAUCCGCGUAUACAGUGCCUAUGCAAAUGACAAGCUGCAGUCUGUCACCAUGAUCAACUCCAAGCAGGCCAACGCCUCGACUUCGGACAAGGGCACCUUUACAUUCAACCUAAAUCUCGGCUCCGACAACGCAAACAAGGACGUCUACAUUUCCUAUCUCACGGCCGACGGCGCAGAGUCCCAGACGGGCGUCACGUGGAACGGCAUGAGUUACGACGACGUCACGGGUGCCUCUUCUACCGUCGAUAGCACCGUCACCAUGACCACAACCGAUGGCUCGGGCAAGCUCAGCGUUCCCGUCAGGGACACCCAGGCGGUUGUUGCCAACAUUGGCUCCCAGCUGGGCGUUAACGCUGUCCUCAAGCCCGACGGCACACAAUCUAAGAAGAGUAAUGCUGCUUCGAGGUCGCUUGAUAAUGCCAAUAUCGCCAUCUUCAGUGGUCUUGCCGCCAUGUUGAUAUCACUAAUGGCAGUGUAAAUAAGGCGCGACUAGCACAUGGCUUGUUUUCGUCUUUUUCGUUUCUUUUUCUCUCCAUCUCUCCAUCUUGUCUCUUUUGUCAUCAUCAUCACAACAGCACUUGCAUCACGGACCUUGCAUAUGCAUUACGAAUCGGCGUCAAGGAUUGCUUUUUUUUGGGUUGGGAAUGGGAAGAGGCCUUGCUACAUGCAACAGACAUGGUUGUUUGGAUGAAUGGAGAAACUUGAGUAAUGGUUCUGGCAAUAUUGGAGGAUCCAUUCAUCCACGCAUUACUGCUUUUCAGCAGAUACUAGGAUUUGACUUGUUCUAGUUGGCUCUUUUUGGUUUUUUCUUUCAUCGCUACACAGUUCAAGAACGGGAAAGAGGCGUAUAUAACAAGGCGCUUGGAGUGUGUGUAUAUACAUGGAAUUCUAUCAUGUGUAUCUG